AUGGAAGGGGGGUGGCCUUCUGGGGGGGCAUUCCUCCUCUGCCUCACUGUCAACCUUCUGCUUCCAGGAAGGUCAAACACUUUCACCAUCAAUUGCUCAGGCUUUGACCGACAUGGGGUGGACCCUGCUGUCUUCCAGACUAUAUUUAACCAGAAGGACUUCCGUCCAGUCAUCAACUACAGCAUCCCCACUCAGGUCAACAUCUCCUUCACUUUGUCUGCCAUCCUGGAUGUGGAUGCACAACUUCAGCUGCUGACAUCAUUUCUGUGGUUUAAGAUGAUCUGGACUAACCCAUUCAUCAGCUGGGAUCCAGAAAAAUGUGGUGCUAUCAGUAAACUCACUGUGACAACUGAGAACCUGUGGCUCCCAGACAUCUUCAUCGUGGAAUCCAUGGAUGUGGAUCAGACCCCAGAAGGCCUCUCUGCAUAUGUGACUAAUGACGGUCACAUUGUGUAUAACAAACCAAUGCGGGUGACCAGCAUCUGUAGCCUGGACAUCUUCUACUUCCCCUUUGACCAGCAGAACUGCACACUCACCUUUAGCUCUUUCCUCUACACAGUGGAAAACAUGUUGCUGGGCAUGGAAAAGGAGGUGUGGGAGAUAGCAGACACGUCACGUGACAUCGUCCGCACACAAGGGGAAUGGGAGCUCCUGGGCAUCAACAAGGCCACCCCAAAGAUGUCUGUGGGCUCCAGUCUUUUUGACCAGAUCAUGUUCUAUGUGGCCAUCAGGCGCAGGCCCAGCCUCUACGUCAUAAACCUUCUGGUACCCAGCAGCUUUCUGAUUUCCAUUGAUGCCCUCAGCUUCUACCUGCCAGCAGAAAGCGAGAAUCGUGCCCCAUUCAAGAUAACACUUUUGCUGGGCUACAACGUCUUCCUGCUCAUGAUGAAUAAACUACUUCCUGCUAGUGGCACCCCGCUCAUCAGUGUCUACUUUGCCCUGUGUCUGUCUCUGAUGGUGGUCAGCCUGCUGGAGACCAUCUUCAUCACCUACCUGCUGCACAUGGCCACCACCCAGCCCCCACCCAUGCCUCCGUGGCUCUACUCUCUGCUCUUCCUUUGCACCAGCCCAGGGAAGUGCUGCCCUGUUGCACUCUGGAAUGAGAAUACAGGUCCAGGCCUCAUGUCCACUCACCUGCCUGGACUGAAGGAGCCAGGACAGUUGGUAGGGAAGGAGCUGGGAUCCAGAGAGGCAGAGCUGAUUGGGGGCUCAGGAUUGACAAGCACCCAGCUAGCUGACCUGUGGGUGCAGUUCAGCCACAUGAUGGACACCUUCCUCUUCCGCCUCUAUCUGAUCUUCUUGGCCUCCUCCAUUAUCACGGUCAUCGUUCUAUGGAACACCUAG